AUGGCACACUCAUCCUCCAGCAGCGACUGUACCGACACCAAGGACUGCAGCUCUGAAUCAAAUCUAAGCCUCUCUGUGGGCUACUUCCCCUGUGAGGACACCUUCUCCCAUGAGAACACAAUCUCCUGUGAAGACAUGUCUCCUGAGGGUCCUUCAAUCCAUUUUGUUCCUCCUAUCCAAGGGACAUGGCGGACUGAAAGUAUAGGGAGACUCCUGGGGAGAAGAGACCAAAUUCAAGAUGACCCAGGGCAGUUUUGCAAACUAAGCAUCACCCUGGCCUGGGAUGUUGAUGUGGGCUCUAACGAUUCAGACUCCAUAGCUGACUGUGACCUAAAUGGAGACAACCAGUGGGUAGACAAGUACCCCAAAGAGAAAACACAACUGACUCUCAGCAAACUGGAUGGUCUGGUGGAAAAGCUUGAGAAAUUUCUAGAAAAUCAGAAAGACGAUGAGGAUGAUGACUCUGUGUUCCCUGAAUCUGCUCAGGAGGAAGGUCUCCAGCCGUCCAGCAGCUCCUCUCCAGAUAUAGCUCAGGUCAGUCAUCAAGAACAUACUUGUCAAGACUUGCCCGAGUUCAAACCACCAGAAAAUGAAGAUGUCAUCCAGUUUCCACAGGUUCCUCCAAGGCUUCAGGAACAUGAACCUGCUGAGAUGCUAAGCCAGGCGACCAGCAGCCCAAGGACGAGCACUGCAGAGACCUCCUCAAUCUGCUCAGGUCAGCCAGAGGAGGACACUCAUUCCAGCACACGAGCCCUCUCCUGUCUGAACUUCAGGGGGGUCUUCCACUGGUUAAGGCAGCAAGUCCUCUCCUCACUUUUGGGGAGACAGCGCCCUGAGGAGGCCACGGAGAGCCCCCAGCAGCUGGUACAAAAGAAAAGACUCUCUCACAGAGGCAAGAGAAUCCAACCCCAAGAAUCGAUCGAAUUAGGACCCCCUGUAGCACCAGAUUUUUAA